AUGUCAGCGCGAGAUUAUCGUUCCCCGUUCUUCCGGGUCUUUCUCAUGGUCGAACAGGGCCUAAGACCAAGAACGCGCGUCUGCACAGAAGGCAGCAAAAAGAUGUCUCUCAAACAUGAGGACGGGACCGAGACCGGCGAUCCUCCCAACACGGUAGCUCGCCCACAGGCCCUCUUCGAGAUCCUCCUUCGUGACGUCAAGCCAUGGCCGUUCAUGCAGCUCGAUUAA